AGCAGUGGCCAUGUUGACACCGAACAAUGACGUCAUCUUCAGUCGAGGAGAAACCAGUGAUGUCGGUGAAAGUGUCGGAUUCGUAGACCCCCAAAACCCUGCCAAGAAACGCCCUCGGAAAGGAUUUUAAAAUUAGUAACAUCGACGCACACUCAAGCAGGGCGGGAUGCAGCGGUCGGACUCCGAGCUGCUGUUCGGCGAGGACGAGUAUCACCUGCUCAGGGAUGACUCUCUCCUGCAGCGCAUCGGCUCCACUAACUUCCACACCCUGCUGGAGACCGCAGACAUUGUUGCUGUGCCGGAACUGAAAGAGGAGGAUGAACAGCAGCAACAACAACAACAACAACAACAACAACAGCAGCAACAACAACAGCCUGUUCCGCAGCAAGUGGCUUACCCUAUCCAGAAUAUUGAUAACCAGCUGAUCCUGGCGAAUCCCCACAUCCACGGAGAUAUUUUUCAAACUGUUCAAGUGCAGCAGCCAGUUCAACAGCAGCUGCAGCAGCUCCAGCCGGGACAGCAAAUUCCGUGGGAUUCUCUCCAGACUCUGGACACGGAAAAUGUGGAAGUGUUGCCAACCAGCAAUGUGUCAGUGGGUGGUGUAUCAGCUGCCAUUGCCUUGAUCGAAGGCUCCACCACUUCCUGCCUGGCUGACUCAACUCUGGCACACUCAGUGCCAUCACUCCAGCCAUGGGCAGGUCGUCACAAAUUCGGCAUAUCCCUCCCAACUGGCAACAAAGAUCGCAACAAGUGGUGCUACAGUCAGGAUCUGGGCAAGCUCUACCUGUGCCCAAAUGUUGCUGUACCAGUGAAUGUUACGUUGGACGACUGGGUGAAUGCCAACAUCACCAUGACACCAGUGUUCAAACAAAGCUGCCACCGCACAGACCCAGUGAACAGGUGCUACAACUGUAAGAGUAUUCAAAACUGUGAUCCAAACUUGGCUGAGCAUUUAGUGCAAGUCGAGGGUGAAGGCUGUGAGUAUAACUUCAUCAAUGACAGAUACAUGGUCACUGUGCCCCUCCGCCCUCCGCCCCCAGGGGAGGUAUCUUCUACGCUCCUGAUCAAGAUUAUGUGUCUCACUUCAUGCGUUGGAGGCCCCAACAGGCGUCCAUUCUGCAUUGUUCUCACUCUUAGAAACUCUGUUACUGGUGAAGAGAUCGGCAGGCAGGUCCUGGACAUUAAGUGCUGCAAGUGUCCAUCCCGUGAUCUUACUAAUGAUGAGAAAAGCAGGACUCCCACAGCCCCUGCUGCCCCAUCAGUCGAUGAGGAAAAACGGACAAAGGUAAGAAAGCUGGCUACAGAAAUUGCCGUCGGCCAGAAGCGCAAGAGACCAAAGAUCAAACUAGAACCAGGAACAGACUCCCGAAUGGUCAAUAUUGCUGUCCCAAUUGAGUACGAGGCUGAAGUGAAGUCUUACAUCAACAAGCUCAUUGCUGCUGAUCUAAUCAAGAAGUGGCAGCCUGACGCACUCUUGUAUCCUGAAGAGGAGAGUAACUAAGGUACAACUGAUAUUUUUUGUUGAUAUUUUUAUCUAUAAGUAACUGAAACCUGUCAACGCUGGGUGAUCUGCGAGGAAGAAUUCUACACAAUUAUAAAUUUACAAUUGCUACUGGAUCGAAUUUUACAUUAAGAAUUUCACAGUUGUUAUACUAGAUGAGUGUUGAUAAGACUUUACAUAUUGCAUUUCUUGAAGGAGCUGUUUUUCUGUUAGGUAAUAAUAUUGUAUAUUUAAGUUUUUACAUACCAGUGUUUAUGAUGGAAGAAGUUUAGUUUAGGUAUGCAUAUUUCACUUUAAACCACUGUCCAUAACUUGUACUCAAGUAUAUUUUGUUUUCCUUAAAAAGAGAAUGUCAUAUUUUUUUUAUUUUUUUUUUUCCACAAAACAUUCCGGUUUAUUAGAAAUUUGUGAUUAAAAACACAUAGUAUGUAAGUGCAUGAGAAAGUGAUGUUGAGUGUAAUUCCAAAGCAAAUAUGUGUAUUGGUGUUUUUGUACCUUAACAGUAAUGUUGUCUCAUGUAAAAAUAAAACUUUGCUUUGGAAUACAGUGAUUGUUUUAUAUUAGUCAAAUAGAACAUUUACUUCAUUGAUUAGGUCAGAGAAAAUAUUAUAUAAAGUAGUUAGGUAGGUAGGUACCAGCAAAUACACAAUAUGUUUUGACUGUCAAUUCUUUAUUCUUGCUAUGAUCAGUGUCUGUAUAUUAUUUUGAAUAAAGGUUGACAAUA